UUUAGCAGAUGUGUCAAUAAUUCUGGAGGGUACUGUAUAAGCUAUUAUGCUGCAAAAAGGUAACCUAAUUUGACCUUAAAGGUCACUUUGCAAAAGAUAUUUUGUUCUCUGGCGGGACCUAAACUAUUUUAUUCAACUUUGUUAUGGUCAACGCUGAUUUCUGUAUGAAAAGAGCUUUAAUUUGAUACCAUACAUGAUGGGUUUAUGUUAAUGUCUAUUUAGAUUAUUUUCUAUGAUCAAAAAAGUGGUGUGGCAGGUGAUGCCAUUUUAAAGAAAAUGCUCAAGGGUGCCGGAGCGGCACCCGUCAGAUUCUGAAAGGACACCCCCGAUUUAUGCAAAAAACAUUGCAUUCGUACCUUAUGUCACACUUAUGCCCACUUUCCACAAUGUUCUACCUGACUAUAUGGGAAAAUAACAUGGGGAUUUUGAAUUAUAGCACCUAUUAAACUCUCGCAGGGGCAUCUCAGGAGGAAGGAUUGCAAAGAGAGAUGUCUCUUCAUUGUUAGAUCAAGUCGUUUUGGCACUCCCACUUCAGUACCCUCUCUCAGUGUGUUUUGUUUUACUAAAUUGUGCGGUCAUUUUACUAAAUUGUGUGCUCAUUUUAUUAAAUUUAAGUAGGGAUUUCUGUAUAGGGAAGUGUGCGCAUACUCUGAAAGUUUACUGAUUCAGCAGUAUUUAACUCUUUUACUAGAAUAAAGGUAUGCAUUGUAUUCAAUGGAUGGUUGUUUAAUGAUUUUUCUCCAAAGUCAUAACCAAAGUCAAUUUUCAGCAGACUUCAUUGCCUUCAUUGCCUUUCUACUCUCUUUAACCAAGAUGGCUUCAGCUCUGUUGGAGCACCUCUUGUGCCCCGUGUGCUUGUCUGAGUUCAGCGAUCCCGUUAGCCUGCGUUGUCAGCACACCUUCUGCAGGGAGUGCAUCAAAGCUCACCUGGCAGCCAGUGGUGGCUCUGGCCAGUGCCCUGAGUGCAGGCAGCCCUUCACACGGAAACACAUCAAAGCCAACCGCACGCUAAGCAACUGCAGACCUGUAGAGGAGAAGGCACAAUGCUGCAAGGCUAUGUUGCGUGGAGCGGUGUCCUUCCUGUCUGAAGAGAUCGUUAACCUGGACUACAUGAUCAGAUUGCAGACGGCUGAGAUACAAAAAACUAAGGAGACGUCCAGAGAGUGGUCAGUGAGGAUAUCGGCUGAGUUUGAGCAACUGCACCAGCUCCUGAGAGAGAAGGAGCAGGAGGUGAAGACACGCUUGCAGCAGGAAGAGAAGAGGGUGCUGGAGCCCAUGCAGAAGAACCUGUCCAAGAUUACACAAAUCUCCACCAAGAACAGAAACACUGAGGGGACGCUUAGGUCAGGUCUGAAUAUCGGUCAGCCCGACACCUUCCUUCAGUGGUGGACCACAGUAGGACGCAACAUGGUUGAGAAGAUGAUGGAUCAUGAUGGGGCAGUUGCUGAAGAAACUGGCAGCACAACUCGUCUUAGGUUCUCAGCCGAACUGGCAGGAUUAAAUGUGUCUCGUGACUUCAUCUCUCUGGGGCCAUAUGAGACACAUCUCUCCUUCCUUGUGUGGAGAGACAUACUUAGAAACAUUCAACCAGUACCCCCUGAUGAAGUUAUCUCUCUGUGGGAUAAGGCCUAUGCUGUGGUGACCAAUAGUGGUCAUUCCAUCCAGAGGACGGGCAAGAGGGGUCUGUUUGGCUGGUACCAGGACUACAGGCCCCUGGCCAAGGGCCGGUCUGUCCACCAACAGGGCCGGCACUACUUUGAGGUGGAGAUGGGCAGGAAGCUGGACUGGGGCGUGGGGGUGUGUACAGAGUUUCCACCUGGCAAGCUGCAGGAGAUGGUAAUGUUGUACCGAAAACAUGACAGCGGCUACAGUGUGACAGUUCAGGGUCAGGAGUUCACCCUGAACCUGCUGCAUCAGCCGUGGCGGAUAGGCUUGUAUCUGGACUGUGAUGAAGGCCGGGUGGCGUUCUAUGAUGCCGACAGCCUGGUGCAGGUGUACACUGCAGCGUGUGAUAAAGGUGUGCCCCUCUCUCUGUGCCUCUCUCCUGGAGCACGUCUGGAUGGGGCAGACUGCCAUGCCCUCACUGUGUGCUGCUAUCUUUCUCCCCCACAGUCCCCCACUGAUCUGGAAGUUUACCUGAAUUUGGUGCAAAUCAUUGCGUCUUCUUUAGAGAGAUUUCUUCGGAUGAUCUUUGGAUGACUGGGAGAGCAAGUCAUGUAAUCGGAAAUCAGUGGAAGCUGUGCCUCUGUGGUUGUAAUUUAGCAGGGCAGAUCAGAACGUUGGAAAUGCAAACACACACACACACACACACACAUUUUAACAUGUACAUGUUUGCCGUUAAAACAAUAAUUCAAAGUUCCAAUCAACUGUGUUGCGUUUUGUGUCCACUCUGGUAUCUACGGGGCUCCCGUAACACAGUUGACGUCGCUACUCCUGUGUAUGUGUAAUGUGUGUGCGUGUGCUUGUAACUUAGGGCUGUGAGGCUCUCACAGCGCAAAAAGAGGAAGCACCUUUCAGUGUAUGUGUCUGAUGCGAGGGCCCCUUUUCGACAGGUUUGUCUUGACUGAGAGGCUCUCUCUAUCUGAAUCAAAACCCCUAAUCUGGGGUUUGGGGCUAACAAGGGUGGACUGUCUCAGAGUCUCUCUCUAUCUCUGAGUCCCUGUUCCCUGUUGAUUUGUCAUUCUGAGUAGAAAGAGGUCAAAAGUUCCUUGCUACAGACAUUUGUUUGCCCAUCCAGGGCUAAGAGCAAGUUAACUAUUCCGUCAUAGGGAAAAUAUUUAGCCAAAUUUAAAGUUUUUCUUCUUGAUUUAAGCAAUUAUAUGACUAAAAAAUAUUUUAUUUGCAAAUUAUGAGUCUUUCUACAACUGGAAAUAUAGCAAACUUGCCUGGACAAAGAUCAUAUUUAUCUUACCCCCACACACAGUGAGGAGAAUGGUAUGAAAGGCAAAAAAUUCCAUAAGGGUCACCGUUGGAUAGUUACAGAAAAAAAUAGCAUCUUGGGGUCACCAAGUCUCAAGAUUAUAGACCGGGAAGGCCUCUAAAGAGGCCAGGGAAAAGCCUUUCUUGUCACUUAAGUACAUAUGUCAUGUGUCUAGAGUUGCUAAAUGCUACUGGAAUUUUUCCUGGAAUCAUGUUCUGUGGUCAACAAUGACUCAAAGUAGGUUUGGUGUACAUAGAAGAACGACUAUAUUGAAAAGAUCUGCAUACUGAUGGUGUAUGACGGUCUGUGACAUUGUGACCCUGUUAUUCCAAAGCCCCUAGGAAUCUCUUUAGAGUGCAUGGGAUCAGGAACUUCACAUUUUUCUUAUUUGAAUUUAAAUCACAAUCUGUCUCUGCCAAGACACUAAAAUUGGGUCAUGAUUGGAUCGUCCUGCUGGUCAGUGAACCAAAACAUGUUCAGAUCAACAGAAAAAUGUUUUAAUGAACACAAAAUCUAACUUUUGCCAUGGCCAUCUCAGUCUCCAGAUCUGAACUCCAUCAGAAACUACUGGGAUGAUUUGUUGUCCUCAACUUUACCAGGGGUACCAAAUGAAUAUGGAGGGCGAUGUAAAUGUGUCAAAAAACAUACAAAGGGAAUACAAAAUCUCCCCUUUUUACAGUGCAUCCAUAUAAAAAAUACAUUUAACACUGUCUCUGAAUUAGGAAUGGUUGGUUUAUUUUACACUGCUGUAAACAUUAAAUUUUUCUGUUUAUUCAAAAUAUCAACUGUUUCAAUAGCUAUCUGCUUUUGUCACAUAAUUAGUGGUUUCAUAUUUUAUAUAUUUUUAUUAUAUUUUUUAUGUUUUAGGUUUUAGAACUUGAGGUUUCAUUUCUGAUAUGCUGUGUGUAAGCAUGUAUAAAUAAGGGGUGGGGGGUCCAUGAAUUUGGUUGAAUGCAAAGAAAAUGUAAGCAUUGUAGAAAUGUAUUAAUUGACUGCAUACUGUGUGUAAACAACAUGUAUGGUUAAUGGUAUGGCCACAGAGGACAGAUAUUCUGUAUUUGUAUUUAGAGUUUUUUGAAAAUGUGAAUACAGUUUGGAUAAAUGAAUGUUAACAAUUGUAAAAAGCUGUUAUGAUAUAUUUUGUGAGAGCCUGUGCCAUAAAUGUUAAUUAAAUGGCUUUUGCUAUGAAGUCUUGCUAUUAA